AUGGAUAAAUUUCCGCUUAAAAUUGGCUUUCUGUGCUCCGAAAAAAAGUGGCAUGAGCUUGGCCACAGCCUCGAGCAGAAAAUCACGAGCAUUUCAAAUGGCGAUAUGUUGUUUAGCCACAUUCCACUGGCGACCUCGGUGUCGGAAAUAUCAGCUUCCUUUGACUGCAUUCUUCAAAAGGAUCCAAGCUUUCUUACUUCCGAUAUGCCUGAAUUGCCCCGCUUGAUCAACGACCCCAAGGUUUACAAGCUCCUUUCUUCUCGGGCAUAUCUUUUUGCUUCGUUAACAAGAGGAGUCCCCGAAUGCAUCUCAUAUUUCCCCAAAUACAUUGUUGACGUUCGAAUGCAUCCUAGUGUUUCUAUUGACGAAAUAAGACGCGACAUCAUUGCUUCCUUGAGCUUUCCCAUUAUCAUUAAAAAUGACCUGGCCCAUGGGAGUCGUAUUUCACAUAACAUGUGCAUUGUAGCGCAUCCAGAGGACUUGACUUUCAGCCUGCUUUCCUCCUUGAUUGAGGUUUAUGACGGCGAUGAAGAAUAUAGUCGACAAAGCCUAAUUGGGUAUUGUGUUUGA